CUUCUCGUCUCGAGCAUGCCAAUGCAGGGCGUUCUAAAAGCUUGCCCGGCAUGAAGCUUUGUGCAUGAUGCCAGCUCGGAACUCGCUUGAGGCAUCUAUUGCUCGAGCAGGAUCGCUUGGACGCUUUGCACAGCUUAUUGAUAUAGAUUUAGCUGCGUCUUGAACGACGUCCUCUCAUAUAUCCAGAUUGGUGGUCGAAGCUUGGACGUCAGCAACAUGGGUGGCGGCGACAAAUGUACUCCUUCAUCUGAAGAUGAUGCUCACGACGUCAAUGGAGGACAUGAGAAGCAGCAGGGGAGCAAAGAAGCCGAAGAGCUCAAGAACCAGGGGAAUGAGCUGUAUCAAGCUGGGAGGGUCAAAGAUGCACUAUCCAAAUUUGACGAGGCCGUCUCAAAGUCCCCCGAUGUGGCUGUCUACCGAGCCAACAAAGCAGCAGCUCUGUCCAGCCUGGGCAGGCUGGGGGAGGCAAUGCUGGAAAGCAAGAAAGCAGUAGAGCUAGACGACAACUAUGCACGAGCCCAUGAACGGCUGGCAAACCUGUGCCUGAGGCUUGGAAGGUUCAAGGAGGCGAAGAAACACUUCGAAAAGGCUGGCGAGGGAGGAAAGGAUGGUCAAAAGCGGGCUGACCAGCUGGAUCAGCACGCCAAGGCCGCCUUGUGUGCGCGUGACAAGGGUGAGUGGGAGAAGGCACUGCGAGAAGCGGACGCCACAAUUCAGGGGGGCGCCGACGCUGACUGCACCCUGCUGGGAGUGAAGGCAGAGGCACUCCAGAAUCUGGGCCGGAGCGACGAAGCGGAGAAGGCGCGUGCGCAAGCGGAGAAAGCGGCAGCGGAUGCAGGGACACCGGCCAUCAGGGAUCCGGUCAUCUCCAUGCUGCGCGCGAAGAUCGCCGCCUCGACGGGCAACUUCGACGGCGCCGUCGCGGCCGCCGAGCGCGCCGUGAAGCUCGACCCCGACAACUGCGCCGCCAUCCAAACCUUAAAGCAGGUGCGCGCGCUGGCAAACGCGCGCACCCGCGGGAACGACCUGUUCAAGGCGGGCGACUUCGGGGGGGCCGAGAAGGCGUACUCGGAGGGCCUGGAAACCCCCCUGGGAAAGGAGAACGCGUUCCUGCUGUCGAACCGGGCGGCCGCGCGGUCGAAGCAGGGCCACUGGGAGGAGGCGCUCGCGGACGCGGACAAAGCUACGCGCGCAUAUCCGAACUACAGCAAAGCGAAGCUGCGAAGGGCGCACGCGUACCGAAACUUAGGCAGGCACGAGGAGGCGGUGAGAGACCUGGAAGAACUAGCGGCGGCGGCACCGUAUGACGCGGACCUGGGCCGGGAGCUGUGGGAGGCGAACCGCGAGCUGGCGCAGUCGCGGGGCGAAGACGUGUCGGGGUGGAAAUUCACACCGCCGGGGGGCCUCGUGGAUGUGACGAGCGAUCAGCAGUACCGGGAGAGGGUGAAUGGGCCCGGCCUGGUCGUGGGCUACUUCACAGCCACGUGGUGCGGGCCGUGCCGUCAGAUCGCCCCGGUGAUUAAGAAGCUCCCGGAGAAGUACCCCGGGCUCUCCAUCAUGAAGGUGGACAUCGACUCCCACCAGCAGCUGGCUGCGGCGGAGGGGGUGGCCUCCGUGCCCACGUUCAAAGUGUACAAAAAUGGGCGCAAAGUCAACGAGAUCACCGGCGCAAACGCCCCUCUCCUGGAUCAGGUGAUUAGUCAGAACCUUCAAGACAUCCUUAAGAAGGUCUGACUCCGCCACAUUUAGGAAGAGGAGCUGAGUACAGUUAUUUGCGCGAGGGUUACCUUUCGUUAUUGUGUCCCGAGCGAUAUUUACCGCCAGCCUGAUUGAUCAAAGGCUGGCAGAGGCGAGUAAUCAGGGUCUCCCCAGAACUGGUUAGUUGUGAGCUAGGCGGCCGUAAGGCAGCUGUAUGGCGGAGCGGCAAGCACUGAGGGCCAGUAGUGCCAUAGUGCCAAUUCGUGUACAUAAGAAGCAAACAGCUUGGCGGCUCGAUGGCUGCUCGGUGAAUGGUGAAAAGGUACAUGCAUGAUAGGUGAUCUCUACUUCAUCGAUUCCGACGAUCUUAUCAUCAAAGAUGCUCAGGGUUAUGCAGAUUGGAGAACAAAGUCGUGCGUCAGGCCGGAUGAUUCUGCCGCUAUAACAAAACUUGACCUCGGAGAAUUUCAG